AUGCUGCUGCUGCUCCUGCUGGUGGUUGGCAGCUGCGCCACAGCCGCGUCUGCGCAGAACGCCAGCUUCCCCGAUGACUUCCUGUUCGCCGUCUCCACCGCCGCCUAUCAGAUAGAGGGCGCCUGGGACGCCGACGGCAAGGGGGAAAACAUCUGGGACCGGAUGACUCACGAGCACCCAGACUACGUGGAUGACGGAUCUAACGGCGAUGUGGCCUGCGAUUCUUAUCACAAGUACGAAGAGGACGUGGAGAUGAUCAAGUCCCUAGGGGUUGACAUUUACCGUUUCUCCAUUUCCUGGGCACGGGUACUCCCCUUGGGUGACGUCAGUCAAGUCAACCCAUUGGGCGUGGAAUACUACAACAAACUAAUCGACCUGCUGAUUGCCAAUGGAAUUGAGCCUAUGGUGACCAUGUAUCACUACGACCUGCCGCAGUACCUGCAGGACAUCGGAGGCUGGCCUAACCCAGUUCUGGCGGACUAUUUCCGGGAGUACGCUCGCUUCCUCUUUGAUACGUAUGGAGACAGGGUAAAGUGGUGGCUGACGUUUAACGAGCCGACCUCGAUCUGCAUGGGCUACGGCCAGUACCGCAUGAAGGCGCCGGCGGUGAACGCACACGGCUUUGGGGACUACCAGGCGGCACACACCAUGCUCCGAGCCCACGCCAUGGCGUACCGCGUCUACGACCAGCAGUACCGGCCUACCCAGGGAGGGCAACUCAGUAUUACGCUCAACUCAAACUUCUACCAGCCGGCCACCAAUUCAUCAGAAGACAUCGAGGCUGCUGAAAGGGCCUUGCAGUUUAAUCUCGGCUGGUUUGCUCAUCCAAUUUACACCUCAGACGGCGACUACCCAGCGGUCAUGAAGGAGCGGAUCUACAAUAACAGCAUCAAGGACGGCAUCUGGAUCUCUCGGCUACCUCAGUUCACGGCGCAAGAGAUCGCUGACCUCAAGGGCUCGGCGGACUACUUCUCGCUGAACCACUACACGACAAACCUGGCAGAGGACGGCGAGCAAGCUGACCAGUACCCUUCGCACGAGUGGGACACCGGCGUGGUCACCUCGUUUGACCCGAGCUGGCCCAGCUCCUCCUACAACAUCAUGAAGGUUGUGCCCUGGGGCUUUCGCGGCCUUCUGAAGUGGGUCGCCAACGAGUACGAUACUAAAAUGGGAAUAUUCAUCACCGAGAACGGAUUUGCAGACACAGGAGAAAUCAACGAUACCGGUCGUCAAAAUUAUUACACGUCGUACUUGAGGGAGAUGCUGAACGCCAUGUACCUCGAUGGUGUCAACGUCAUUGGUUACACAGCGUGGAGUCUUCUAGACAACUACGAAUGGAUGAGAGGAUACACGUUGAAAUUUGGCCUGUAUCACGUGGAUUUCAACGACCCCAACAGGACCCGGACGCCGAAGGCCUCUGCCGCCAUGUUCAGGGAGAUAGUUGCAACGCACACACUUCCUGACAGCGGAGCUGCGAUGACUUCGAGUCAUUUUGCGUAGAAAAUGUAGUAACCAGUAGCCUGCCGAUAUUCUUACUAAACUAUAUGAUCAGUUUCGAGCGACACUUUCAUUUCGAAGAAAUCAGCGCAUUUACUGCGAGUCAUUCAACUCGAUCGGGGCAAGAUUGAGUACUAAAACGUCAUUAACUCGGAGGUAUACAAAUUUGGAAGUCGACACUGACAACAUGGUGAACUAAUAGAAAAUAAUGGAAUAUCACUUAGACUGGUAUGACUUUGUUAUGUACGAAUUCGUUUUCAGAAAUUCACCGACUGCUUUUCCUUGUGACAUGA